GAACGAGGCUUGUUGAAGCAGCGUGGACGAAGCGAAGAUGGCGUCGCGGGGAACCCAAUUGUUUGUAGGAAGACUUUCUAAAGAAACUAAACUGAGAGACUUAGAAAAUGUAUUUUACCUAUACGGAAAGCUCCUAAGAUGCGACUUAAAGACUGGGAGAGAUAUGUCAUAUGGAUUCAUUGAAUAUGAAGAUCCUAGAGAUGCAGAGGAGGCAAUGAGAAGAGAGAAUAAUCGGAAGCUGUUUGGGUCAAGAAUUGUUGUAGAGUAUGUCCGCAGUGGAGAGCGUGGCAAGCCUGUUGGUGGUCAGACUAGACCGACAGUGGUUGGCGAUGAGUGUUUUGUUUGUGGUAAGCUUGGCCAUUGGGCAUCGUCCUGUCCGUCCCGUGGAGAUCCAAGAGAUUCCCGAGAUGUGCUUACCGAUUCAAGACCACCUUAUAGACCAAGACGAUCUCCUCCAAUGUCAAGGCGCCCUCUGCCACCGCCACCACCUCGAUACAGAUCGCGUUCAAGAUCACCUCCUCCAAGACGAGGCUAUGGGCCACCGCCAAGAGCGAGGCGUCGCUCCAUGAGCCCCCCAAGGCGACCACGCCCUCCCCCACCCAUGAACCGUGGGCGUGAUCGUUACGCACGGCUGUAGAAAUAUAGCACGGCAGUAUGCCCUUUUAUUUUACCCACUGAACUAUUGUAACAUACAUGGACCAUUCAGAUGUUGUAAACUAGUUGUAUUAUGCGAUUUAGUGCAAAGUUUAAAUAACUUUGGAGAAGUUUUGUUUCAAGCCUAUGAUCAAAAAGUAAUUGAUUCGAUGCUUGUUCGCAAAUAAAUGUUGUCUUAUGCG